AUGGCAAAUAAUAGCACUAAAUAUUACCUUUCUCUUCUUCAUUUUCUCUUUCUUUUUUUAUCAUACUCUCAUUCUUUUAUAUCCUUUAUAGCUCUUUCUUUUUUAUCAUACUCUCAUUCUUUUUAUAUCCUUUAUAGCUCUUUUUUUUUUUUUAUCAUACUCUCAUUCUUUUAUAUCCUUUAUAGCUUUUUCUUUUUAUCAUACUCUCAUUCUUUUAUAUCCUUUAUAGCUCUUUCUUUUUAUCAUACUCUCAUUCUUUUUUAUAUCAUUUAUAGCUCUUUCUUUUUUAUCAUACUCUCAUUCUCAUUUUUUAUAUCCUUUAUAGCUCUUUUCUUUUUAUCAUACUCUCAUUCAUUUUUUAUAUCCUUUAUAGCUCUUUCUUUUUUUAUCAUACUCUCAUUCUUUUAUAUCCUUUUUAUAUCUUUCUUUUUUUAUCAUACUCUCAUUCUUUUUAUAUCCUUUAUAUCCUUUUCUUUUUUUAUCAUACUCUCCUUUUUAUCCUCCUUUUAUAUUCUUUAUAUCUUUCUUUUUAUCAUACUCUCAUUCUUUUAUAUCCUUUAUAUCUUUCUUUUUUAUCAUACUCUCUCCUUUUUAUAUCCUUUAUAUCUUUCUUUUUAUCAUACUCUCAUCCUUUUUAUAUUCUUUUUAUAUCUUUCUUUUAUCAUACUCUCAUUCUUUUAUAUCCUUUAUAUCUUUCUUUUUAUCAUACUCUCCUCCUUUUAUAUCCUUUAUAUCUUUCUUUUUAUCAUACUCUCCUUCUUUUAUAUCCUUUAUAUCUUUCUUUUUAUCAUACUCUCCUUCUUUUAUAUCCUUUAUAUCUUUCUUUUUAUCAUACUCUCCUUCUUUUAUAUCCUUUAUAUCUUUCUUUUUAUCAUACUCUCCUUCUUUUAUAUCCUUUAUAUCUUUCUUUUUAUCAUACUCUCCGUCUUUUAUAUUCUUUAUAUCUUUCUUUUUAUCAUACUCUCCUUUUAUAUUCUUUAUAUCUUUCUUUUUAUCAUACUCUCUUCUUUCCUUUAUAUCUCUUUAUCAUCUUUCUCUUGUUCUUUUUUUUUUAAUUCUUUAUCUCUUUCUUUUUAUCAUUCUUUAACAUUCUUUACAUCUCUUCUUUUUAAAAAAAGAAAGGGGUGCAUGAAAGAGAAGGAAAAACAUAAUAGAAAGAAAGCAAGAAAAAUGCAAAGAAUUUAA